AUGGCCCCAGCAGCAGGUGGAGUACAGGCAGCUAGUGCUUCAAUAGAUCCUUCUGUUCUUUUCAAAGGCCUGCCACUCGCGACAUCCUAUGCCAAUGGAUUUGAUGGAAGUAUGAUGAACGGCCUCCAGUCCGUCCAGCAAUGGAAGGAUUACUUUGGUAAUCCGAGUGCCAAGGAUCUCGGGUUAUUCAACGCCAUACAGUCCAUAGGGGCUUUGUGCGGCACUCCGUUCGCGCCUUAUAUCACCGAUAUCUUCGGUCGCAGAGCUGGAAUCCUUCUUGGUGCCAUCCUCGUUUUGUUCGCUGCAGCUCUUCAAACGGCUACGCAAAAUCUUGGCAUGUUCAUUAGUGCCCGUUUUCUUAUAGGUUUUGGAUCGACUUUCGCGGGAAUGGCUUCUCCACUUCUCAUCUCAGAAGUGGCUUACCCUACCCACAGAGCGGUCCUCACGUCACUCUAUAAUUCUUUUUGGUUCUCCGGGAGUAUAGUUGCUGCUUGGUCUACCUUUGGCACAUUCAGGAUUCCUUCAAACUGGUCCUGGCGUAUCCCUUCUGCCUUACAAGGAUUGUCUUCUGUUAUACAGCUCGCUUUAAUCUGGUUCUUACCAGAAAGCCCACGCUGGCUCAUCAGCAAGGGUCGGGACGAUGAGGCGCGCCAAGUGCUCGUGAAAUGGCAUGCUGGUGGGCGCGAAGAGGACCCCCUGGUAGCGAUGGAAUAUACUCAGAUCAAAGAAGCCUUGGGCCUUGAGAGCCAGAAUGCCAAUGCCAGCUGGUUGGAUCUCUUCAGGACCCCAGGGAACCGGAGACGUAUACGGAUCAUUUUUGGUAUCGCAGUAUUCUCUCAGUGGUCAGGAAAUGGGUUAAUUUCUUAUUAUCUCGAACGCGUUUUGAAUGGCAUCGGUAUCACUAAAACCGACGACCAAACAUUGAUCAAUGGAGUUCUCUCCAUCUACAAUUGGUUAGCAUUCAUGAACCUCUCAGUCAUGGGUGCAAUUAUUUUCAACCAGUAUACCAACCCAAUUGCUCUAGAUGCUUUGCAAUGGAAGUAUUAUUUGGUGUACUCUUGUUGGCUUGUAUUUGAGCUCGCAUACAUGUACAUGUUCGCUGUCGAAACUAAGGGACGUUCGCUCGAAGAGACUGCUGCAUUAUUCGAUGGCGACGAGGCAGUAUACGAGCUAAAAGAUCGUAUGAAGGCCGACAUUGUGGAAAGUGGUCACCGCCAGGAGGAAAAGGGACCUGUUAAUGAGAGUCAAGUUGAACUACUAAGUCGUCCCAGUCGAGCAGCAUAG